AUGGCGUAUUCACUUCCAUUCCCUGAGCAAUCAACUAUUUUUGUGAGGACAGAGACGAAAGUGAGAUGGGAUACCUACGAGAUCAGAAGUCUACUACUAUUGAGUAUGGGAGCACAAACCAUUCUUACCAUCUUUGGCAAUCGCAGAAGGUACCGUUUAAGAUAUCUGACUCGAUUUUUCCUUUGGUUGUCCCACUUUAUGGGAAGUCCUGUGCUAACAUUGGCAUUGGGCAAGCUUUCAGGAAUUAAUGCUGACGCUUUUCAGGUGAAAGGUAAUCAGAUAAAGUUUAACGAUUUCUAUACCAAGUAUCUCAGCUACACGCUUUGUUUUGCACCAUUCCUUUUGCUGCAUAUUUGUAGCCCUAAUGUAAUUUCCUUCUCGGCUGAGGAUAAUAAGUUAAAGUUUAGGCAACUUAUUGGGCUAACCACCCAAGUAGCCAUAGCACUUUGGAUCUUUUUUAAAUCAUUUUUUGUGGAAGAAUUACUCUUCAUGCAUUUGUAUGUAGCUGGAAUAAUUAAAUUUGCAGAGAGACUCCAAGCUCUCUGGUCAAUAAGUGCUGGUGAAAAUGUUGUCAUAGGUAGUUUUGCAAAUACUGAAAAGCCAUUUGAGUCUAGCUCUUUUUCCAAUUAUUCUCAUGAUCUGUUUCUGCUUGUGAAGGCUUAUCAACGCUUUGAUCGGUUAAAACCUUAUCUUAAGAAUAUGUUAGGCCACCCUUCAUCGGUAUAUCUUUCUUCUAUGAGUAUAGAAGAUUGUCUUGCUAAGGAUGUUUUUAGAAUCACAGAAUUCGAGCUUAGCUUUAUGUAUGAUGCGCUCUACACCAAGGCGUCCAUUAACUAUUCCAAGAAAAGUUUAUGGGUUCGCAUCAUUUUAUUUCUUGUUCUAGCUUUGUCUUUUGUGACAGUUAUUAUAUUGUUGGGUGUUAAGGUUGGUUUUAAAGAUCCAGAUAUAAUGAUUCUCAUAGCUUUUUCUCUGGGAGUGAUUGUACUUGAAAUUUAUGAGAUGAAGGAGCUUCUGUUCUCGGAUUGGGCAUUACUUCAUAUGAGGAAACAAAAUAAGAGCACAUUUAUCAGCAGAUUCUUAUCGAGAGUUGCUCCAAAGAUUCCUAGAAAGAAUCAUAGGUGGUCUCAUUGCGUGGAUCAAUUCAACUUACUAAGCUAUUGUCUUUAUGAAGACUCAACAAAGCUUGGUGGGUUGAUUAGGAGAAUUCCCAAGGUCAAGGGCUACUACAAGGAGUACAAGAAGUAUUGUGUCAGAAAAGAUAUUCCAGUUCCUGAAGAGUUGAAGAAACUGAUACUGGAACAAAUUCUCGAGGUGAGAGCUCAAAUAGGCUGGCAAUCUUUUUCUAAAAGAGGGGAAGGGGCACUUGAAAGAUGUAACUGUCUGCAAGAUUUGGAAUGGAGUAUUUAUACAUAUUUUGAUACCGCAGCUAAGAAGCAAACAAAUUUCGGCAAAGCCAUUAUUAUAUGGCAUAUUGCCACCACAGUUUGCUAUUAUUUAGAUGAUGGUCCAUCAGGAAGUACCAUAAAUCACUCUCAAUGUAAAAUGAGCAAAGUUUUAUCAGAUUAUAUGAUGUAUCUUUUGGGCAUGAUUCCUGAUAUGUUAUCUAUUGUUACUGGCGACAUUCUCUUUCAUGGUGUUUGUGCUCAAGUUGAUGAAUUUUUGAAGACAAAACAAUCAAAGGAUGAAGUGACAUUGUGCAGGAAUUUACUAGAACUAGUAGUUAAAAGUUAUUUCCAAGGAAUUCCCAGUAACAAUGUGCUUACAUCAGAAUGGAAUGUAUUGCUUCAGGUGCAAAAAUUGACAAGAAUAUUGCAAGAGAGAGAGGAUAGAUGGAGAGUUAUAAGUAGUGUUUGGGUAGAAAUGUUGUUUUACGGUGCUAAUAAUUGUCCUUGGACUCUCCAUGCAGAGCAACUUAGGCAAGGUGGAGAAUUACUCACUCAUGUUUGGCUUAUGCUUGAGCAUGAGAAAGACCAGUCUCAUGUUCUGUCUCAUGAAUUGCAAUAUGUGGUUUAA